AUGUAAUUUGGAAAGCAAAAAGGCUCUCAUCAAGGAACAUCUUGGGAGAAACUCAAAAAGUCCAUCUACCCAACCAAUAAAGCUGAAAGAGAAAAGAGAUUAAAACAAUUUAGAGAUAUUGGAAUAUUUUUAGCUUCCAUAUUGGUUGUUAGUGUUUUUGAAAAAAAAAUAUAGAACUUGCUGAAAGUUGAUAAAUCAGAUAUAACCUAAUUUAGCAACAUGUAAAGCUCAAUGCAUGCAGCCUAUUGAUUUAUUCAAUGAAUGACGAGAUUAUAUAAACCAUCCAAAUAAUUUUAAUCUCUUA